CACUAAGACACUGCAGGCAUGCCGGUAAACAGAACUAGCAAAGUUAAGUUUUGCAAUCCAAUAUCUUGAGCAACAGCAGAGAUAAAGGAAAACGCACAUCUGCACGCGUUUUUCUCUUUCUGGUUUUUUUUCUUUUCUUCUUGCUGUUGAGAAGAGAAGAGAUUCUACUCCUUCUGGAUCAAUCUUCAUCUCUUUCCAGGGUGAAGGAACUGCUUUAGCUGACCAAGGAACACUCUGGUACCAACCAUGUUUUUCCUCCAACCUUUCAACACUUUGCUGCUGCUCUUCUUAGGAGCAUCGUUGGCAUUGGCUGCUGCUCCGGAGACAAAGGGUUGGGAUACAAAUUCCUGCACAGUGUUGGCUUGUGGAAACCCAGGAGUCGCUGGUUUACCAGGAAGAGAUGGAAGGGAUGGCGCCAAAGGAGAGAAAGGAGACACCGGCCUCCAAGUGAAGGGUCAACAAGGUCCCGGGAAGGCUGGUCCUGCAGGACCAAAGGGGAGCACAGGAGCCCAAGGCCAGAAAGGACAAAAGGGAGAAAUGUCAGCUGUUGAUACAGUUCAAAGGCAAGUUGCUGCUUUGGAAAAGACGAUCCAGACAUUACAAGCUGAAGUUAGCAAAAGCAAAAAAAUCUUCGCAAUGCAGGGGGUGACCACCGUCGGAGGGAAAACAUUCGUUUCAACUGGUCAGAGUGACAAUUUUGCGAACGGGAAAGCUCUCUGCAGUAACGCCGGUGGAGCUCUGGCGGUUGCCAGGAACGUAGCUGAGAACACGGCCUUGGCGGCAAUAGCCAAGAGGAACGGCAAGCACAUAUACCUUGGUAUAAGUGACCUCCAGACGGAAGGCAAGUUCGUGUAUUUGAACGGACAGGCGGUGAGCUACACCAAGUGGAAAAGCUCAGAGCCUAAUAACUUUAAGAAUGGGGAAGACUGUGUGAUACUCCUCCCAGACACCCAAUGGAAUGACAUCAACUGUGACCACCAAACAUUAAUUGUCUGUGAAUUUUGAUGUGUCUAGAAUGUUGCAGUUUGUAUUCCCAGGGGCCUCCAUGGAAGAAGAAGACAAGGGGCUCAAUUGAUGUCAUGCCAUCAUCAUGCCAACAUUGGUGCUCUUAAUGCCAUGACACCCUGACACAUCUUUGACAUCUUUGUGGCUUGCUAUAGAUGCCAGUCCAUGUUCUAGGAGAGGACAAAAUAACUGCAUAAGUGUGUUGAUUUUGCUUUCCAGGCUGAAAAUGUAAAAUUAUACUAGAAAAAAAAAGAACAUAAUAGAGGUACUGUCUGUUUUUCUCCAUGUA